AUGACUGGCCGGGUUGAGAUGAAGUAUACAGCAAUGGUGGAUUGGUGUUGGAAGGCUUCAGCCUAUAUUUUCAUUUAUGUGGUGGGCGUCGCCACGGGCAAAGGCUCUCACAAUGAUGUGAGGUGGUCCAAUCAGAAUCAGGGAGGUGGCUAUAUUAGACAGCGGCCCAACGGUCAAGGUGGUGGUGGCUACCAGGGUGACGACAGCACCGCCUUGGCGACUCUGAACAUCCUCAGCAAUCCUUCGGUUGUCGCUGCCAUUGUGAACGCGGCCAAGAACGAGGGCAUGACCAAUGGUCAAGGUGGGAGCCGCGGAACUUAA